CUGCCUCUCAAACAGAAGACUGUAGGCUACUCAAGAGAAAAGUUUUAUGGUGGACGGCUGGAUCUUACCUUUUGGAGAUAAAACUCAUUAUUGCUUUUUGGGUCAUGAUAAACUUAUAUUCAUCAACCCACUAGGACGUUUAUUGAUUUUACAAGAUUUUUCAAACCGGGACGUCUUGAGUGGACUAAAGCCAGCAGAGGGGGAUUCAGGGUGAAGGAAGGGAAGAGGGAUUAGGGGCUAAUCCUGGACAUGACCAAUCCUUAAGGAGCCUCCGUCAAGCAGUACUAUUGCCCAGAUUAUUACAUUUAAUUUAUUGCCUUUUAAAGACCCUUUAUCUCCCCUCGGGGAUUCCUGGCGAGUGGGCCGCUGGAUUUGAGUAUCUUAAAAAACAAAGGAUCAGGAGCAGCAGCCGUUGGGAGUGGAGGAGCAUGAGGAGAGUAUACAUGCGGGGAUAAAGCAACAAGCCUCCCUGCCGUCUCACACUCCAGCAUGGUGCAGGUCAAGGGUCACUGAAUGAACUUGGAUUGGGAAAGUAUGUGGUCACAUUGAUUACACAAAACUGAUUAAGCCAUGAACCUGGGUAAGUUGUCUGGCCUGAAGGGCCUGGUUUCCCACUCCUCAGGAAAGCGUCGUUUUAAAGGUGACCUCACCCCGGACAUGAUCAGUCCCCCAUUGGGCGACUUCCGCCACACAAUGCACGUGGGCCGCGGAGGGGACGUGUUCGGGGACACCUCGUUCCUCAGCAAUCAUGGUGGAGCAGGAAAUAAUGCAGAUGGAGACUCCUCCUCCACUUCAGAGAAGAAUGAGGGAUUCUUCUCCCGCACGUUUCGCCAUGUCCGCAAGACCCCCGACAGGCCCCGCGGCGGAUCCAAGGACCUUUCACCCCCACCUCCACCAGUUUCUCCAAUCAUAAAGAAUGCCAUUUCCCUCCCCCGGCUGGACGUGGACUCACCCAACGGCUGUCCUGUGAAAGUGCUUUUCCCUAGUUCACCAAAAACACCUGAGAACUCCACAUGCUUAUAUGGUUUGGAGUCUGGCUUUGUGACCUUGCCGAGACUGUCACGCACUGAGCGUCCAGCCCAGGGCAGCUCUCCCUCAGCUUGCCCUCCUGAAAUCCAUAGAGGCUCGCUCACAGACAUGGGUAUCCCGUCCUUUCCCUGUUCAGACUCCGUCAGUCCUUCUGACUCCAUGAACUCUUUCACCCUGGAUCUGGGCCCUUCCCUCAUGUCUGAAGUCUUUGCUAUGAUUGACAGCCCUAUGUGUGAAAUGGCCAGUCCCAUCAGUGAAAAGACACCGUCCACCGAUGAAAACUCUGAGGUGGACUCAGACGCAACCAUGUCCCUGGUGGACUCGCUCCUGAGAGAAGAUGAUGACGGUAGGACGCGGUUGUAUGGAGGAGAGUGGAAACAUUCAGACUUUGUUAAUGGUGAGUCACUCAAAAGGUCCAUGCUGGGGGAUCGGAUGCACUCCUUCUCUGUUGAGGAUCACGGCAUGGAGCCGGAGAGUUUCCAGAGGGCUGCUGAUGUGCUGGCACGUCAUUAUGGGAGUGGAAGACUCAGGAAUACAAACACCAACAACUCUCACAGGAGAGAAGCAUACAACUAUGCUGAUGAGGAGGAUGAGAUUAAAGUCUAA